AAUUGCACAAAGCGAGAUGAAAACUGAAAUUGACCUCUUGAAAUGUCUUUCAUCUUGAACUUGUAUGAGUUGAAUGGUUUAUGGCCUCGGAAGUGGUUUGGAGCUGUUUAAGAAUGCAGCCCGCCAUACGAGAGCGAUAAAUACACUCGCGGUCAGAUAAGCUGAUCCAAGCCCGCCUGUGAUAACAUAUUCAGAAACGACGAAAUCCAAGAUAUGAGUCGCGUAUUCCUUCUAACCCAUUACACGCCCCACGCAACAGAAAUGUCAGCCGCUCGCAACGAAGAAGAUUCCUCCACCACGCGGGCCGAGACCAACAACAGUGAACACUAUGAAGUUGAAGUAUUUAAAUCACAGAUUGUCACUGUGGCAUCGUGUGGCUUAAGAGAGGCUAUAGAGAAUAUACGUUAUAAAAGCUGUGGUGAUCCGACUGUUGUUGUGGAAGCGAACAAUGGCGCAACAAGUUCACCCUUACCUGAGGAAACUGAUAGCAAAAAAACUGUUGCCAUCCCUAGCAGCGCAGAACAUAAAACAAGACGAUUUAAACGGAUUUCUCUUCCACAGUGGCUUCUCAAGCCCAGCAGAAAAUCUUCGCAUAACUCAUCUCGAAUACGAAGAAUAACUGGCCCGGGUGGAAAACAUAGAAUUUUACGGAUUAACUCGGCACCGAAAACUCUCGGUCCAAGCGGAAACGGCUUUGCCCAUUAUGGAGACGAUGAUAAAUUCCACAUUUUUCAAAAGGGCUCAUCGAAAGACAGAGGACAUCAACACAGCUUAUCGGACUUAAAACCCGUCAAAGAAACGCGAAAAAUUAGAAGGAUCUCAUUGCCUGCUCAUGUUUUGGAAGGGGGAUCACAAACAGUAGAAACUUCCUUGCCUCGUACCCCAGAACCAACAAGACGGAAUAUAUUCGAUGAAAUAGAUGAAAAAUUUAUUCAUUCUUUACGAAUCGACGAUCCACGGGUCGCAAAUAAAACACUUUCAAAACCAGGCGCCUCCGGUAAGGAAAAGGUUGAAAGUCCAUCCCAUGAGAAUAACAAUAAAGCGGCCUCUGUCGAUCACGAAGGGAAAUUGUCAUCACCUCGUGGAACGCGCGAGGGCUCCCUUCAAUUUAAAAAUGUGCGGAAAGAGAGUUCCGGAUCGGUAAUUUUUAAACCCUCUCGACCGGUACUUAAAUUGCACAAGUUUCACAACCCGGACAUAUUUUACGUUCCUUUGCCAGAGGAUGAUUCGCAGAACUUAGACCCCUUGCCGCACAAAUUGUGCCGCGCGCGGCUGAUCGAGCCGAAGAACGAAAACUACAUGAUACAAGAAUGUGUUCGGGACGAAUUACAAGCGUUUCUACACGACAAGCAGUUCUGCAGUCGAUCUUGCCAACAAUGGUGUCUGGAAUUGAGCCAGAACAUUAAAACUUGUGUACACAAAAUGAAAGAUUGCGAGAGUAAGAUCGCUUGUGUGGUUUACAUCGGUGCGCUUCGUGGACAUGGCAUCCACGCAGCCACUCAGUGUAUAUGGGUACCAAAUGAAGACAAUUUUAUAACAGUGAAAUUUAAAAAUCGUUCAAUGAUGGCUAUAGCAUCAGUUCUAGCGAUCAAAUAUGAAUAAAUUCCUCUUUCAGCAAUAUCCAGUCGUUGACAAGACUGUGCGGCGCUUAUUACUUGACCUUCAGCUUCCAUAGCUCCAAAUAAAAAUAUCUGUUAUCCAUAUCAUGUGGUAUUCUCGUGGUCUGUUUAAAUCAAAUGAUCGUUACCACAUACCGAGAAAGCCUCAAUCACAGUGAUAACAUGCUACUUAGAAUUCAUUUUAGUUGAAAUAUUACAACAUUUACAGAGCACAACAUGUUGUCCAUUAUUUUACAAAUGUUUCAAGUGGUAUUAGUUACCAUAAUUGUUUGACACGGAUCGAUUUCAAGACCUUUCACAUUUCAGCAGGCUGAGAUCUCAAAUACUUUCUAAUGUCGUAGUAGUAGCAAGUAGGAUAAAAAAAGUUGUAUAUUUCUUACAAAACUUUCUAAUGUAUAGAUAUAAUCAGUUUUCCGGGACUGAAAAAAGCGUAUUUCUCGGGCUUGACUGGAGAAGUAUUUCAAUGGAUAAAAUACCGAUGACCUUUAUAUUUUACGGCAUAAAGCCCCAGUGACGGUAUCAUAUAAACUUUGUCCCUAAGCCCUUGCAGAUUGAAAAUACGUGACCGGAUUCAUGAGCACUGAAUUAGAAUAAUGCCGAGGCGUGUUCCCUAUCGCUAGAAACUGGGCUGGCUAUCAGCGCGUGAUCAUCCAAUAAAAUCACGAGAAACAGAG